AUGAACCUACUGACAAAGACUGAACCUCUACUACCAAAGGCUGAACCAGUACCGACAAAGGUUGAACCUGUACUGACAAAGGCUGAACCUCUACUGACAGAGGCUAAACCUGUACUGACAAAGGCUGAGCCUGUACUGACAAAGGCUGAACCUGUACCGACAGAGGCAGAACCUGUACUGACAAAGGCUGAACCUGUACUGACAAAGACUGAACCUCUACUACCAAAGGCUGAACCAGUACCGACAAAGGCUGAAUCUGUACUGACAAAAACUGAACCUCUACUACCAAAGACUGAACUUGUACCGACAAAGGCUGAACCUGUACUGACAAAGGCUGAAUCUGUACUGACAAAGGUUGAACAUAUACUGACAAAGGCUGAACCUGUACUGACAAAGGCUGAACCUGUACUGGCAAAGGUUGAACCUGUACUGGCAAAGGUUGAACCUAUACUGACAAAGGCUGAACAUGUACUGACAAAGGUUGAACCUGUACUGACAAAGGCUGAACCUGUACUGACAAAGGUUGAACAUAUACUGACAAAGGCAGAACCUCCUGAAUCAGUACCGACAAAGGCUGAACCUUUACUGACAGAGGCUGAACCUUUACUGACAAAGACUGAACAUGUACUGACAAAGACUGAACCUCUACUGACAAAGACUGAACAUGUACUGACAAACACUGAACCUGUACUGACAAAGGCUGAACCUUUACUGACAGAGGCUGAACCUUUACUGACAAAGACUGAACAUGUACUGACAAAGACUGAACCUCUACUGACAAAGACUGAACAUGUACUGACAAACACUGAACCUGUACUGACAAAGGCAGAACCUGUACUGACAAAGGCUGAACCUAUACUGACAAAGGAUGAACCUGUACUGACAAUGGCUGAACCUUUACUGACAGAGGCUGAACCUUUACUGACAAAGACUGAACAUGUACUGACAAAGACUGAACCUAUACUGACAAAGACUGAACAUGUACUGACAAACACUGAACUUGUACUGACAAAGUCUGAACCUGUACUGACGAAGGCAGAACUUGUACUGGCAAAGGCUAAACCUGUACCGAGAAAGGGAGAACCUGUACUGACAAAGUCUGAACCUGUACUGACAGAGGCAGAACCUGUACUGACAAAGGCUGAACCUGUACCGACAGAGGCAGAACCUGUACUGACAAAGGCUGAACCUGUACUGACAAAGACUGAACCUCUACUACCAAAGGCUGAACCAGUACCGACAAAGGCUGAAUCUGUACUGACAAAAACUGAACCUCUACUACCAAAGACUGAACCUGUAGCGACAAAGGCUGAACCUGUACUGACAAAGGCUGAACCUCUACUGGCAAAGGCUGAACCUCCUGAAUCAGUACCGACAAAGGUUGAACCUUUACUGACAGAGGCUGAACCUUUACUGACAAAGACUGAACAUGUACUGACAAAGACUGAACCUCUACUAACAAAGACUGAACAUGUACUGACAAACACUGAACCUGUACUGACAAAGGCUGAACUUGUACUGACAAAGACUGAACCUCUACUGACAAAGACUGAGCAUGCACUGACAAAGACUGAACCUCUACUGGCAGAGGCUAAAUCUGUACCGACAGAGGCAGAACCUGUACUGACAAAGGCUGAACCUAUACUGACAAAGGAUGAACCUGUACUGACAAUGGCUGAACCUGCACCGACAAAGGCAGAACCUGUACUGACAAAGUCUGAACCUGUACUGACAAAGGCAGAACUUGUACUGGCAAAGGCUGAACCUGUACCGACAAAGGCAGAACCUGUACUGACAAAGGCAGAACUUGUACUGGCAAAGGCUGAACCUGUACCGACAAAGGCAGAACCUGUACUGACAAAGUCUGAACCUGUACCGACAAAGGCAGAACCUGUACUGACAAAGGCAGAACCUGUACCGACAAAGGCUGAACCUGUACUGACAAAGUCUGAACCUGUACCGACAAAGGCAGAACCUGUACUGACAAAGUCUGAACCUGUACUGACAAAGGCAGAACCUGUACCGACAAAGGCCGAACUUGUACUGACAAAGACUGAACCUCUACUGACAAAGACUGAACAUGCACUGACAAAGACUGAGCCACUACUGACAAAGACUGAACCUGUACUGACAAAGGGUGAAGCUGUACUGACAAAGGCCGAACCUUUACUGACAAAGGGUGAAGAUGUAGGCACACUGAUAAAGGCUGAACCAGUACUGACAAAGCCUGAACGGCUACAAAACGCUUAA